AAACGCUCCUGUCUCCAAAGGUGUCCCACUCAGUGAAGAAGUUGUUUAACAUGAAAAAAUCGGGAUGGAAACUAGCGUUUGCGUUGUAUUCCUUCACUAUCUUGGUGCAAGUACAAUCGUCAACUGAUUACUGUGAAAUUUGUGAAAAUCACAUUGCCUGCGGAAAUGAUGGAUCCUUCAGCCCAUCGUGUGAUGCGGGACGUAAAAUAAUUAACUUAGAUCGCUUCAAGGGUCUAAUUGUUCACAAACAUAACAAGUACCGGAACAAAUUCGCGAAGGGGGCAAUGAAGUUCAAACCAGCUGCUCGUAUGGCGACAAUGCAAUGGGAUGACGAACUAGCAGAAUUGGCCGAGCUGAAUGUCAAGCGGUGCGAAAUGGCCCAUGACGAAUGCCGUAACACGGAACGCUUUUCAAUGUCCGGUCAAAAUUUGGCAUGGAGUUGGACUUCGGGAUCCCUGAGUGCAAAAAAAGCCAUUAAGCAUGGUAUUAAAGAUUGGUUUCACGAGUAUAAAGACGCUAAUCAAAGAAAUUUAGAUAAGUUGAGAUUUGACGGACCUGUCAUUGGACACUUCACCGUUAUGGUAAAUGAUCUCAACACACAUGUAGGCUGCGCACUGCUGAUACAACCCAAAGAUGGUGGCAAGGAGUCAUUUUUUGCCUGUAAUUAUGCUCAAACUAAUAUUCUAAACAGACCAUUAUAUAUCAAAGGACGACCGGCGUCGAAAUGCAUUAAAGGCAAAAAUAGAAAAUACCCAGCCUUGUGUGACGUUUCGGAGCCCAUUGAUCCUAAUGAGCCACACAAACUAAAGAGGAGGAGGGAGAGAUGGUAAAUUGAGGGCAAUAGUUCUUCUAGGACGCGGUGCAACUUCCCCUCACACUACAUAUAAAUAAAUAGUUACAAAGAUU